UAUGUCAACGCUGUGUGACUUUACGUUGUCAAAAAUGAAAACGAGAAAAACGCAGAAAAAUUAAAUUAUGCUCGCUGAUUACGUUCAACAUUCAUCCAAUCAUUAAUCCAAAGAUUAAUGCGUUACGUACAGUAAAUUUGUGUGUGUUUUACGUUGAAAUUACCACCGCUGCUUGUGUAAAUUGAACUGCAAGUAUUUCUAACCUCAAAAUCAGUUUAUAAGGUGUGCGAGCUGCUUUUCUGCCGCUGAUUCGCGUCCUGCGGGGUGGAGACGGUGUCAUAGGUGGUCGACGAGUUAAACGCGCGGCGGUCGCGUCGCCGCCGGCGAGAUGACGACGAAUGCGACGCCCUCGCCGUUGCCGGCCAUCCGCCAGCUUCUUUGGGGGGCGCACAUCAAGGCCGAUAUCUUCGCCAGAUGGUCACAAGGUUUUUAUUUCAGUAAAAGUGAGUCAAGUGCCCUAGAACAAUCCCAAGGCGGGCCCUGUUCGAUUCUCGCACCUGUGCAGGCGUACAUAAUAAAAAAUCUGCUUGAUGAGUACAAAACUUUAGCAUUUAGGGAUCAAAUUGCAGAUAAAAAGCAGGAGUCUUUACUUUUGAAUGCUCUCUUUGAGAUAUUGCGCAAACAGAACGUGAGCGCGAGUGUAACUAGUCUGAAUGAGACCGCCGCAGCUGAAGCGCAUGCACCAAAGCAGUUUUACAUGGCUUACCUGCAACUAGAUGGCGAGGGUGGCAGCGACGCCGCCAUUAACGGUGAAGCUAAAUCAACACUGAAUGACGUGGAGUUUUUCCAUGACGCCGUCAGAUUGCGCUGCAUUAAUGGUGAGGAUGAAUGUAUGCAGUUUAUGCGCGAGAUGAUUCAGCGAUAUCGCGCGCAGUAUGGUAUUUUGUUGUUUCUCUACUCUGUGAUAGCUACUAAGGGACUACACCAAUUGAAAUCUGAGCGGUCUGAUGAUAGCAGCGAGCCGUUAAUCGACGAAACCUACGGCUACGGUAGUCAGAGUUUAAUUAAUCUGAUGAUAACAGGGCGAGCGGUGUCGUAUGUGUGGGAUCAUGAACAAGAUGUCGGUGGGCUUAAAUUACGUGGAAUUGAUCAUCAAAGCGACAUAGGUUUCAUCACGUUGAUGGAACACAUGCGAUACAUCACCGUGGGCACGUUUUAUAAGAGUCCAAAGCAUCCGGUGUGGGUUUUAGGAUCGGAAACACAUUUGACAGUGCUUUUCAGUGACAAUACGGCACUGGUGAGCGCUGAGACGGGCUGUGAGCAAGCGCGUCGCGUGUUUAAGAACUAUGAUAAGGAUGAUAACAACUUUAUCAAAGCGGAUGACCUUCAGAAUGUCUUGGCUGACCUUCAACUUGUCAGCGAAACAGAAUAUGUAAAUGUAAUGCGUCGCAAGCUAGACUCGGAAAACUUGGGGAUUAUUCUCCUAAAUGCUUUUAUGCAUGAGUUUUAUCCGUUGGAGGAGCGUUCCACGCCGGACACCUUCCAAUUGGUGCAUUAUAAUGGUUUGGCGCAGAGUAACUACGACGGACAGGUUAAAUAUCGAAUUGGAGGUGCAAUCCUGCUGGAAUCCGACCUGCGUGCAAUGUGUGAGUCGAAUCCGAUGCUCACAUGCCUCCAGACAAAAUGGCCGACGAUCGAGGUGAACUGGGCCGAUAACGUGACGCCCUCUUUGAACUAAUUCGAUAGAUUAUUCACGACGAAUGCCAAAAUUGCAAAUUCACGCGAGAUGCACACGAGAUGAAUGACUAGCAGUGUAUAAUUUAUUAAUUAUAUUAAGAAUGUCUAUUAAUUUUAUAUGCAUAUUAUAUAAAUUGAGGUUAAAUACGACGGCGGCGCGAGUUACAACCAA